AAUUAAAUAAACAUAUAUAGAAUAUGUUAGCUAGCAAUGAAUUAGUAUUGGGUGAUUAGUAAAUAUAUUUAUGAUGAAGACCAAAGCAAAUAAAGUGUCCUUUUUGUUCAAAUUCAACAGUUUCGACAGUUACUUUUAAGAAUGGAUAUAUAAGCUAUAUUACGUGUUUCUUAGUUUUGUUGAUUUUUGGACUGAUGCCAAGUCUCUUGUUGAUUCCAGUAAUAAUGAUAUUAACGAGAACUUUAAUUCAUAAGUAGUUUUGAUAAAAUGAGUUUAGAUGUUCUGCAUGUAAUGAAGAAAUUGGUGGUGAUGGAAAAGUAUUUCAUGUAUUAGGAGUAAAGGAUUCAGUAUGAGUAUUAAUCUAUUUUAAAAGAUGAUGUCAUUUAAAAUUGGAGAAUUCGGUGUUAUAUUAACGAAAAGAAUAGUAAUUGGAAUAUUAUUAUUAAUCCUAACAUUAGGAGUAUUGUGGUAUAGAAUAAUGGAUAUACCAACUUAAUAAUGGAUGGAUUAUCAUUAACAUUAUACACCAAAUAUAACAAUAGCAGACACUUGGACUGAUUAUUUAGAAAAAUGCACUAAGGAGAGAAUAUUUUAAAAUCGCUAAUCUUAUUAAAGUUGUGAAUAAAAAUACAUAGAUCGAACAAUUGUUGACUGGAAAGGUAUAUAAAUAAAAAUAAUGAUAUCAGGUUAUGCAAUAAGAGUAGAAGAUAAUCAAUAAUCAUUAAUGAAGUUUUUACAUCAUUCUGUUAAUAUUUUAGUAAAGAUGGAUCCUGCAGAGAGUGAAUUUCAUCCUGAUUUAUUAUUGACUGCUGAUAGUGAAGUAGCAUUUGAAUUAUGUAAUUUAAUUAAAAGUAUUUUAGCAUCUGAGAUUGAGAAAUUAGAAAGAGGUAGUGAAUUCAGUUUCACAGCUGUAAUUAAAUCUAUUGGAGAUUUAUAAAAUAUAAGACACUUUCAUCUUCUCAAUUUAACUAAACUCGAAGGUUACAUAGAAAUUCAACCUCAUCUUCAUUAAUAGAGUAGAUAUGGUAAUUCUUAAUAGUUUCUUGCUUCAUCAAAUAAUUGAAUAAAUGAG